AUGGUGCCCCGGCAGGUGAAACUCCAGGAAGCCCUGGGCCCUCUGAGGCAGGAGCUGGAGGAGGCCCUGCAGCUGACAUCUGAAGAGGAGGAGAAAACCACAGAGUGGCAGAUGGGUGUCUGGGUUUAUCCUUCCCCGAGCCCUUCCCCCUGCAGUGUUCCUAGGAAACUGCACCAGUUUCUGAGUGAGGAAGAGCAGCUGCUACUGCAGCAACUGGCGGAGGAGGAGAUGGAGACUCUGCAGAGACUACAGGACAAUAUAACAAAACUCUCAGAGCAGAGUGCCGCUUUGCAGCAGCUGAUCACAGAGGUAGAAGAAAAAGGCCUGCAACCAGCUGCUGAGCUUCUGAAGGAUGUGAAAAGCACAUUGAUCAGGAGUGAGAAUGUGACACUCCAGGAACCAGAAGCUGUUUCUCCUGCCAUGAAAAAUGUGUAUAAAAUCUGCUUUGACAUGAAGCUGGAGAGAUUCAUUGUGGAUGCGACUCUGGAUCCAGACACGGCUCAUCCCAGCCUCAUCCUGUCUGAGGAUCAGAAAACUGUGACAUACGAAGAUAAACAACAGGAUCUGCCUGACAAUCUUCAAAGAUUUGAUACUUAUCCCAUUGUCCUGGGCUUUAACAAAUUGACAGGAGGGAGGCAUUACUGGGAGGUGGAGGUGGGAGACAAAACAAACUGGACUCUGGGGAUUUGUACAGAAUCUGUGACAAGGAAAGGGAAGAUUUACCUAUCACCUGAGAAUGGAUUCUGGACAUUGUGUCUGAGAUAUAAGGAAUACAAAGCCCUCACCUCCCAUUUGACUCCACUGUCCAUGAGUGUCAGGCCCAGCCAGGUGGGGAUUUUCCUGGAUUAUGAGGCAGGAAAGGUCUCAUUUUACAAGACUGACAAGACCCAUCUCUUCACUUUCACUGAUACCUUCUCCGGGACACUCCACCCUUAUUUUUAUACUGGUUACAAAGACGGAUUUGGAAACACAUCUCCCUUGAUAAUCUGCCCAGUCCCAGCUCAGGCUGGAGGGAAUCUCUGUUCCUGAUAGUGACACCCAUGG